AUGAACACAGAAGAACCUCUUUUGGAUCGAGCCGGUGUAUUCAUGCAGCUGCAGGAGCUGCUAACCCCAGGUAGCAGCAGCAGCGUCCUGGAGCUUGUACCGCCUGAUACGCGUGCAGUAUGGCACUUCCUUGGCAAUACGUUGGCAGAGACUGCGUCCAAUCAUGCCCGCGCUGGUGAGCUCUCCGAGGUGCAGCAGGAAAAGGCCUUGCAACGGCUACAGCAGCUGCUGGAAGCGGCAGCAACAGGCCAGACUGUGCCUAUCGAAAACAGCUCCGAAGGCUCCUCCCCCUUGCUCCUUAACGGCAUUAUUCCACAGGUGCUGGCGCAUAAGCCAUUUACUGAACUAAAGGACUUUGUAGGUGAGGUGCGCAUGCUGCUUCAGGACGGCUACGGCCAUCAGCUGCUCGUCUCUGCCCUCCAUUGCGGUGUACCUGUACCUUGGCCGGUGCAGGCUAUCUCCCUGAUGCCGCAGAAUCCUGACUUCCUCAUUCUCGAUACACUGGGGGCUGUGAGGCGGCGGUCGUCUGUACUGCAGCAGCAGCAGCAGCACCAACAACAACAGGAGCAGAGCAUCGAUGUAGGCAGCUCUUACAAGAAGCAGAACGUGCACAUCAUGAUGGCGAGCUGCUCCUUUCUGGUGCCUGUGGUCAACGGUGGUUGGAUGCUGCGCCGGAAUGCUCUCAACGGCCUCUUGUCGGCAAUUCGGGAGCUGCUGCCUCACGUGGUAAUUCUUUUUGGCCCGAUUAUCUCCUGGCUGAACCUCCAGCAGCCAGCAACGGCUUCUGGAAGCAAUGCGAAAGACCCUUCUGCCCGCCGCUGCGCCCCCCUCCUUCAGACACCUGAGUUUUCACUGGCGUAUGCGGAAUUCUUUCGCCGCCUCUCAGCAGCUGUUCAAGGUCUUCGAACGCGUGUUGUCAUCAUUCCCAGCUGCAGAGACGCCAUGAACCCUGAGCCGAUUCCACAACCCCCCUAUCUCGCAGCAGCGGAACAACAUCUCCAGCAGCUGCUUCCCAACACUGUACACUGCCUCGGCAAUCCAUGCCUGAUACAAGUCAACGACACGCAUCUCCUCGUCAGUUCUGCCGAUCCCUUGGCUGAGAUUGCGGGGGAUGCUCUACGAUCCCGUGCCUCCGAGAGUUCGGCGGAAGACGGCCUGCAACAAAUCUGCCGCGCCUUGCUCAGGCAGCGCACGCUUUUCCCCAGAGGUGCCAGUCCACGUAUCCCCCUGGACUGCGGCCGCCUAAAGCCACUCAUGUUUGACGGAGACAACACUCCCCAUAUCGUGGCCUUCCCCUCAGCUGCUUUGACACAGUUGCAGACACGUGGCGGUCCAAGCGCUGGUGCAUGUGCUGUCGACGGAAGGAUUUUCGUGUCUCCAUUCAACCCUCAGGACCGGCUCGAGGACGCUUUCGACGUCACCAACUUGUACAUUCGGCCGCCAGCAGAAGGUGCGGAAGGCGGCGAUGUUCCCGCAAAGGAUGCAGACAUGCAAUUGAACGAACGUGUGACAGUAAGAUAUUCCAUUUACAGGCCUCGCACUCCCUACAAAACGACUCCCGCCGCUACGUUUUAG